CACGUACGAAACUACAAGAACACAUCAAGAAGUCUUUUCGAGUCUGGAGAUUGGGUCGAACGCAGAAUAUGAAAAAAUAAAGAAAAAUUCAGAAGAUGGAAAAACAAAGGAAAGUUCAGAAGAUAAAAAAGAAAAGGAAAGUUCAGAAGAUGGAAAAACAAAGGAAAGUUCAGAAGAUGAAAAAACAAAGGAAAGUUCAGAGGGUGGAAAAACAAAGGAAAGUUCAGAAGAUGAAAAAACAAAGGAAAGUUCAGAGGGUGGAAAAACAAAGGAAAGUUCAGAAGAUGGAAAAACAAAGGAAAGAUCAGAAGAUGAAAACAAAGGAAAGUUCAGAAGAUGGAAAAACAAAGGAAAGUUCAGAAGAUGAAAAAACAAAGGAAAGUCCAGAAGAUGAAAAAACAAAUGAAAGUUCAGAAGUUGAAAAGAAUGAAGACAGGCAAAAAGAUUAUGAAAACAGUCGACAGAAUUCCACAACAAUAAAUCGCGCCAACGAGGUGAGAAACCAAAAUAAAAGAACACAAAAGAAAUCAAAUAAGUCAAUUGACAUUCGUAAAAAUACAAAAGUGAGCGAAGACGACAUGUUGAAAAAUCCUCAAAAACAAACAAUUAAAACAUUAAAUCACGACACCGUGAAACACAUGUAUGGAAAAAAUAAAACACUAAAAGAAGGAAUAAAAAUGAAAAACGUAAAAGACCAAGAAGUCAAAAGAAGUCAUGUUGAGUUAACUAAGAAUAAUCAAACAUUAGCAGUCAAUUCAACAUCAAAUCAUUAUGAGAGUGGGAUGUCAAAUAUUAAAAACGUUUCAAAUAACAGCAAAUUAUAUGAUAAUAACGCUCAUACAAAAAACAUAAAGCAAAUAGGAAUAUCUUCUUUGGUAAACAAGGAGAGAAACAGUUUAUCAAAAGACGGGAGAAGAAUAGCAGCAAGUCAUGAACGAAAUACGGUGAAAUAUAACCAUACACAGGAUGAAAGAACAAACAAAUCAAAAAAUAAAGUUGAUAGUGAGAGGUCUAAUUCGUCAAUGAAUGACAGCAAAGUGACUAUCAACAAGAACGAGAGUCUAAAAAACGAUAUCAUAAAUAUUAUGGAACGAGAAAAUGUAACUGUCCACGUAGAACGCAAUCCGUCUUUAUUUCACAGUCUGAAUGAAAUGAAAAACGAGGCAAAUAAAAGUAAAUUAAUGGCAAAUGAGAAAGAGAAAAGCGUUUCUAAAGAAGAAGACAAGUCUCGAUUUUACAAUCAAGAAACUAAAGAAUGGAAGGAGCUCAAAAAAGAGGACGACGCCGAUGACGGUUGGAAAUAUUUCAAUCAAAGAACAAGAAAUUGGUCAUUCAAACCAAAAAAAAACGCAGAAUAUUUCAACAACUUAACAGAGCAUUGGAAUUUGGGAAAUAAAGAAACUAAACCUUCGGAUUCAGAGAAAUUCUUCAACCAACGAACAAAAAUGUGGUUUGGGAAUAGCAAAAUAGAAGAAUCAAACAAUAUUGAGCAUAAUCGGAGCACACCAAGAAGUUUAAACAAGGUGAACAAUUUAAUCCGCCAUAACAAUGUGACGAAAGGAAAAAUGAAGAUAAUGAACAACAACAGCAUGCAAAAGCCACAAGGACAGGAAACAUACGUGAAAGGUUAUGAUUCCCACAAGUUCCAAAAAAAAUAUGACGAGAAACUAAUUAAUUCAAAAGUAAAAAAUUUACCUAACGCCAUCCGACAAAAAUCCUCCAAACGUACAGGUGAAGACAAGUUCCAGGGUUCGCAAUCAACUGCCAUUCCACUAAAAUCCUCCAAACGUACAGGUGAAGACAAGUUCCUGGGUUCGCAAUCGACUGCCAUUCCACUAAAAUCCUCCAAACGUACAGGUGAAGACAAGUUCCUGGGUUCGCAAUCGACUGCCAUUCCACAAAAAUCCUCCAAACGUACAGGUGAAGACAAGUUCCGGGGUUCGCAAUCGACUGAAAAGAAAAUAAAGGAAGAAAUAUUGAAAUUGAUCAGUGAUUCAAAAAGUGGACAGGCUUCACGAAAUGAAAAACAAUUCUCGAAUGUGGAAAAUAAAGCAAGCAAUAAAAAUAUUGGUGUUAAAAUGAUCAAUCACAGAAAGCAGCUUCCUUCGCAUAAAGAAAUUUCAUCAAAUGGACGUCAAUAUCAGUUCAAACUAAACAGAAAAACGAAAGGAAAAACUACUUCAAAUACACUUGAUAAUGUUCAACCCGUCCAAUACGCGCCAUUUAAACGUCUAUAUCCAGUGAAUUCCGUAAAAGGGCAUGAUAAAACAUAUUUUACGAAGGGAACUGGAGCAAAUAAAAAAUCCCAGCAGUUUCCAGGAAUACCAACCAGAACGCCAUUCAACAAAGUCUCAGAAAUACACAAUAGCGAGAUUAAAGAAAUUUUACCGCAUGAAAAAGAGACCAUAUCAUCCUAUCCUGAAAUCUUAAGAAAUUGGAACAAGAACUAUAACCAACAAUGGAAUAGACAAGAAAACGUCUACGACAACGAAUGGAAUAACGCCAAAUGGAACUGGUAUAAUUACAAUGGUUAUAAAAAUAAUGACGUGAAGAAAACAUGGACAUAUACACCCACGAACGCCUGGAAUCGGGGCAAUGAAAUUAACAUAUAUCAGAAUGGUGAAAAUCAAGAAUCUACUGUUCAGCAACCCUUAAAUAUAUUCUCUUCACCAGAAAAUCCCAUAAAUGAAGAUCGUAGUUCCACAGGAGAUAAUAUGUAUGGAGAUGGUAUACAAGUAGGACAACAAGGGAUUGUACAAUCCGUCCCUCCACAACCUGUUAGACGACCAACAAACCUGAUAAGUGGGUGGGAUAAAUGGCAGGACGUUGAGCGCUUAGGUGGAUUAACAUCUUUACCCCAACAUAACAAGAAGUUGACACAAAGCAACACGGAUACAUAUAUUGACAGAAAGGAUAAUAGGGAGUGGAAUGUGAUUGAUAGGAAAAGUCAAUGGCCAUUCAUGGUAAACGGAGCUAAGUUGAAGCCGAAAUCUACUAUACCAAAUAAUAUAAAUGAGUUUAGGAAACACGAUGCAAGGCACACAUCAACAAUGGGUAACAAUAAUCACAACAAUGCAAAACAAAGCUCCACUAAAGAACGAAAUCAAAUGAAUCACGACAGAAGACAAAAACCUUUUAAUUCUACGAGGAAACAACAAAGAACACCCGAAGAUAUGAGGAAAGUGUUAGGUCCGGAAGGGGUUAACACUUCAAUCGUGAGUGUCAAGAUUGCUCCAAAACCAAAUCGAGUUGCAUCCACAAUGUUGCCCAGAGUCACAAUAACACCAAAUAACACAAACAACACAAACAACGAUGGGACACUUCAAGAAUAUUUCAAAGUGGAAAAAAUUGAAUCUUUAAACGAAACAGACCUGACAAAUGAAAAGAAACAAAACAAGACCUUCACAUGUUAUCCUGGAGAAAUAAUGAAUGAGAUGACACUAGAAAGAGGUCUGGAGGCGGGAAACUAUUCAAAUCUUGGUGCAACAGCCCUAAUGGAUACUUGCAUCAAUAAAUGCUGUAACAUACAGACAUGUGACGUAGCCAUCAAAAUGAAUGACCUAUGUUUUGCUUUAACUUGCCGCGCAAAGGAAUCGUGCAAGAUUAAGAGCACCCUUGGCAAAUCAUCGCAUCAUAAACUUUGUUUUAUUUCAAGAAAAAGGAAGGAGAGACAGAGUAUACGAGAGUUUAACAAGGACAUUUUGGACAUUGAUGUUUGUCAUGAAGAAGAGGCAACAGGUUUACAUUGGAAAACGACAAAUGCGGGAAGUUAUGACGAGAGACCCUGUCCAAAAAAGGCGAAAGGAACUGCUAGACGAAAAUGUGCCAUCAAAUCAACGUGGCUGUUUCCUGACUUCAGCUCUUGCGUCACCAACGAAUAUGAAGAUUUGUAUGAAAGGGCCAAACAACUGGUUUAUGGAGAAGAUCCGAGCUCUCUUUUGCAGAGUUUAUCCGUGGUCACAACAAGAACUAUUGAAAAUUCAUUGAUAUUCGGAGGAGAUCUGAGGAAAACCAAUGAAAUACUCACAGCUGUUGUCCAAGAAAGCUCAGUUACACCCCAUCAGAUUACUCUGACAGACAUUCAUAAUUAUUUGACGACUUGUAGCAAUGUCCUUGACGAUAGCAAUCGCCAUGAAUGGAAAUACAUACAAAAGAACCACAGAGGAUCGGCAGACGUUCUGAAGAAUACACAAACCUUCACUGUAAUUUCGAGUGCGACACUUGCGCAUGGCAACUCAAACUUCACAGACAUCACGAACAAUAUAGUCGUACAAGUGAGUUCACACAAAAAAGGAAGUGACAGUAAAAUUUUCCCUGACUACGCCAACACUGAUGUUGCAUUAUGGGAUGGAGAAAGAGACAACAUAAGGAUUCCUGCAUCAGUGUUCAGUAUAGGCAACACAAAAGUAUAUACAUUCAGCUACAGAACACUAUCAAGCUUGUUACCGUUGGAUUACGAGGGAAGUUUAGGACAAGCGGAGCCAAACACAAAGAUUCUGGCGAUAAUUACGGAACCACGUAUUCAAGACAAAAUAACACCAGCCAUUACAGUAACAUUACAUCAUCUCAAGGAGAACAGGAUCAACCCACGAUGUGUCUUUUGGGAUUUUAAUUUAAAUCCACUUCAUGGUGGAGCAUGGUCAACCAAAGGUUGCUGGGUAGAGUCAAGUAGUGAUCACCACACGAUAUGUCGAUGUGAUCAUUUGGCAAGUUUCGCGGUAAUUAUGGAGACUGCUGAUGCAAAUUCACCACAGGCUUCAGAGAAAGAUGUGCACAGCGCUAGAGAAAUGGCUGUUGUGUGGUUUUGUGUUCCUGUUUUAGUUAUCUUUGUAAUUGGAGUGCUAUACAUGGCUGCCUCAUGGUCAACACGCCCUCGCAGUCGAAAACAGACAGUUAAUCAAAGAUCCAGGCUCUUGAAACAAUCGGUGACAACAAAUAAAGUAAAAUAUGACUGUCCUUCAACACCAUUACCCACUCUCAAAGGAGAAGCAGAACCAAAACUGAAAGAUUAUGAAUGUCAACAAAAUGACAUGUUGUGUAAAUAUGUUGAAAAGAUUGCAGAUGAUGUGAGAGAAGAUUACCAGUUACCAACACAAUUUGAUCUGGAACAAGACUCUGGUAUUGAAAUCAACGAUAGAGAUUCAUUUCAUGAUGAUGAUCUUUCUUUGAGUCAGGAAGAUAUAACGUGCUCAGAAAAUGAACUGUUCUCAAUCACUCAAGAGGAUUUCAAUGUGAAUUGUGGAAAUGGAGAAAGGGCAGCCCCAAAUCGAAGAGAGAAUGAAAUACAACCACUAAAAACUUGUAUACUUAAUAUGCUUGAACAAAGAAUAUUCCAUCGCAAUCUGAAAAGAUCUGUUGGAAUGGAUGAUCUCACUAUAACAGACCAGACAAGAGAGAAAAAAACAUGAUAUAUCAAUGGUAACGGCACAAAAUUUACGGAAAAUGGGAAAAAUGAUAUCAUUAUGAGAGUGACAAGCAAAGAAAGACCAUGAUAAUAAGCAUUGCGUUUAUCAACACGACUAAUGUUUGUGUAAACAAGAUUCCCAUACGGUAAUUCCUUCAGUUGAGACGUACUGCAUAUCGUCACAUGAGGAUUCGACGUAAACUCUCGUAUAGUUUUAUUAACGCGCUUCAAAAUCAUCCAGUUAAAUAAGAACGCAAGGUAGUCCAACGCGAGGAAGAAAAUUUGACAGAAAAACAAUACAGAGAACUUGGGGUUAUCUUCAUUGGGAGUGCUAUGCGAUAGAAUUAGCGAUAUGAGUACGCCAGCAAGAUCGACAACCGCCAAAUGAAAUGGAAUCCAGACACGAGAAACAGAUUUAUCCGGGUCACAAAAAGUGAUAAAUAGAAGAAUGGCAUUGAGAUGAGUUGUUAGCGAUAACAAUGUCAAACUCUCUGUGUUUAGGACGAAAAUUUCUGUUGUACUCGUGCUGAUGACUGGUGACAUUUCUCUCGUUAAAGAAUUCAAUCAUUCGACGUUCGCCAGAACUUUAGUAAAACUGAAAAACCUUGUUUGCGUCACUUUCACUUAAAUACGACAAAAGUUUCCAUGACAUUAAGAUGCCCUCACUAAAGCACGUGCAAAUGUACGCCACGAUUCAUAGUGAUGUGACCAAUCAGGGACGGAUUUUGAUGUAAAUAAAAGCCUUUUUUAGCAACUAAAAUUUCAUUAAAGAUGUUUACAAAAGCAAA